UCAGUCGCCUCCUCCCCUCCCGGCUCUUCUUCGGCCCCCUUUCCCCGCCCGUCCCCGCCGCAUCUCCCCUGUCCAGCUGGGCGGGGACUGCUGUACGACUCUGUAAAGUCUGUGAGUCACUGCACAACCCAUCAAUCCAAUUAAAUGUCUCGAGCGAGCCGAGCAGGGGGUGCUGCCGCCGCCGCCGUCGCCGCCGCCGCUCGCCCCGCCGCGGCCGCCCCUGCUCGCAGCGCCCCUCUGAUCCAUGGCUGUCUGUCUGUACUUGUUACGGUGUAACCUCCUCCUCCUCCUCCUCCUCCUCCUCCACCACCUCCUCCUCCUCCCUCUCCUCAGGAGCCGCUGCAACUUCCCCUCUGCCAGCCUCCUCUGCUUGGGGACUGCAAAGGCAUGGGAUAGAUCCAGAGCCACUUCUCUCUAUCUCCCCUCCAGCCCUCGCUCAAUUUCCCCCCUUUAAAUUAAAGUCUGUUCCUCGCUCCUCGUCGUUUUAGAAAUUUAUUUGUCAGUCUAUUAUUUCCCCUGAUUUAUUUUCCCUCCUGGGGUAAGGGGUCGCAGGAGCCGGUGGGUUUAUUUUAGGGAAGGGGCUCUCCACCCCCACCCCCGUUUCUCCUCCUUUUUCGGCCGUGACUUGAUUGCCCUGUUCCUCUCCGCUCCCACCCCUCGAACUCACCGUCCUGCACUCGAGUGACGCACCGACACCCCCCGCCCACUGCCCAGACGUCCCCUCCCUCGGUGCCACCCCGACCCGACUCGGAGCUGGACCCGGUGCCGACUUCUUCGCAGAAGGCACUGACGACUUCACCAUGUGGACCUCAGUAUUGAGACCUUUUUGUUUGUUUCACUGUACAUACUGCUCACAAGGCCUGCUCUUGCAAACCUCUUUGAUAACGGAUACGUUCCUGAUAGUUAAAUGCGGAUGACUGGCCUAAUUUCUUAAAUGUGAAAGCGAGAAGGAGAAACUCUAAACUCUAAAUCCUGAGGAUAUAUGUUGGGUAAAGGAGAAAAACGGAAGUUUGACGAGCAUGAAGAUGGGCUGGAAGGCAAAAUCCUGUCUCCCUCCGAUGGGCCAUCCAAGGUGUCUUACACCUUACAGCGCCAGACUAUCUUCAACAUUUCCCUUAUGAAACUCUAUAACCACAGGCCCCUCACAGAGCCCAGCUUGCAAAAGACCGUUCUGAUCAACAACAUGUUGCGGCGGAUCCAGGAGGAGCUCAAACAGGAAGGCAGCCUGAGGCCGGUGUUCGCCUCCGCCGCCGCCGCCGCUGCCGCCUCUCCCCCGCCCGACUCGCUGAGCGACAGCUACCGGGAGGCGGCACCGCCCGCCCUCAGCGCCCCCGCUCCCCCGCCCGCGCACGCCUGCGACCUCGGGAGCUCUACGCCGCUGGACGCCUGCCUCACGCCCGCCUCGCUGCUCGAAGACGACGCCGACGACACGUUUUGCACUUCCCCGGCCGCGCCGCCCGCGGCUGCCGCCAGACUGUCGGCCCCAGCGUCCCCGCCGGAGAAGGACAGCUUCUCCUCCGCCCUGGACGAGAUCGAGGAGCUCUGUCCCACGUCUACCUCCCCCGGGGCCGCAGCCGCAGCGCCCGACAGCUCCCGAGGGGGCUCUGGCGCGCCGGGCGGCCCGAAACCGGAAGACCCGAAGCUGAUGGACUCUCUGCCCGGGAACUUUGAAAUCACGACGUCCACGGGGUUUCUGACAGACUUGACCCUGGACGACAUCCUGUUUGCCGACAUCGACACGUCCAUGUACGACUUCGACCCCUGCACGUCUGCCUCGGGGCCGGCCUCGAAGAUGGCCCCGGUGUCAGCCGACGACCUCCUCAAGACUCUGGCCCCUUACAGCAGUCAGCCGGUCGCCCCGAGUCAGCCUUUCAAAAUGGACCUCACGGAGCUGGACCACAUCAUGGAGGUGCUGGUCGGGUCCUAAGAGCCCCGGCCCGGCGCCCGCGCCGCCCAGACCCUGCGAGUGUCCCUGCACCCCACAGCUCUCCGCACUGUGCAUGCACCCUUGCUUGCCUUUUUCAGAGGAAAAGAUCGUUUUACAAAAGGAUCACACUAGUUUUUGCUUUGAGCAGAGUUGGAGUGCCUUCAUCCACGUCUGACCACUUUUAAUAUGCUUUUUUUUUUUUUUUUUUUUUUGGAGUGGUCCUCGGAGACCUACUGCCCUGGAAUAGGAAAGAAUGCUUUUGAAGACAAUGUGGCUAUGCUGAAUGACAGAAAUAAACAGUUCAAGUGAAGCACAAGGAAUAAGUUGGAAAAGCUGUAAAUUGCAUGUGCAUAUUUGUCUAUUUUUUCUAUAAGUUUUAUUGCAAGAGGUAAAAAGAGAAAAUAUAUAUAUAUAUUAUUUAGAUAAUCUCAGUACCUUUUCUGGCAUUUUCGCCCUGUAUAGGUUGACUUGGCAAUUCAGCCUUUUUAGAGGCAUUAACUACUCCUCCUAAGUGUUGCAUUUACAUGGCUGUUUAGAAACUGCUGCCCAAAUUUAUUUUAUAUUUUUGUACAGAUUCUGCAGUUUAUGAUAUUGUUUUUCUAAAAACAAAUGCUGUUUAUACAUAUGAGAUAGCUAUUUUGAUAGGAUUUGCUCACAUAGUUCCUGCAAACUUCAGAUGUACAAGUUGCACUUGUACUUUUAUAGAGUUGUAAUGUUUUAUAUGUGUUUGGUGCAAAGAGAAAAUUGGGUCAAAUUAAUCCGCAGUUGAUGUCCCCAAAUGCAAACACACACACACACACACACACACACACACACACUGCUUUCAGAAAGGGCCAGGCAAUAUCACACCCAAAUUUCACAGGCACCAACCCCCUGGCAUGAACACCCGCCAGCACUGUGACUUCCAAAGCCAGAGCCGCGUCUGCUCAUCAAACUUGCAUUAAGCAGUUGGCGGGAGAUGGCCACGGAGCUGGGGGGUUGAAGUGAUGGUUCUCUUUAGCUCCCUCUCUUGAGGGGAAGCCUACCGAAUACUCACUGUAUUUAUGCCAAGUUUGUGCUUUUAAUUGUUUUUAUUUUUUUAAACAAAACCCCAACUCUUUCCCUUUUGGCGUAAUUUUUACGAUGACCGGAAAUUUUACAUGAGAACAAAAUUUUCUGAAAAUUAACCAACCUCUUUGUGGAACGAAACCCUAUUGCAGAUGCUUAGGGCUCGUAAGGAAGAAACUACCCCCAGAAGGCAUCCACCGUGUUGCUCAGUUGUCUUUUCCAGCUUCCCUUCCCUAGAGCUUUUGUUCCCUCUGUUGCUAAGUGCUGAAAAUGUCAUCUUCAUGAUCACCACAGCGAGCUCCGCUCACCUCUGCCCAGCCUGGGGAUGCUGUCUUGUAACAGCCGUGGCUCUAGAACCUGGAGUUGGUACCAUUAUGUCACAGCUUCCAAUCUGGUUGCUUCCUUGGAUCAACUGCUUUAACUACACUUUUACAAGGCUGUUUUACCCAAAUAACACAGACAGGACUUUCUAUGCAUGUUUCUCCUCCUUCCCCUUGCCUCCCUGCCACCCCCUCCCCCGCCCCCACCCGGAACACUUGAGAAGUCGCUCUUUAUUCCUAGUGGUGUACAUUUAAUUUUAAAACACUUGCAAUGUAUCAUGCUUGUUGCCGAAAUUGUUGAUGGCCUUUUCGUUUCAGUUUUUUUCUUUCUUCCAAUGGUACUUUAGCUGGUUACAACCUAUAUCGUUGAAAUGCAGAUGGCUUCUUUAGGAAUAACUUUUAUAUUUAUUUAAGAAUUUUUAAAUUAUGGGAUUUGUGUUAUUGUCGUUGUCUUUGUUGUUGGUCAUUUGUCAAUAUUCAGUCACCAGUUCUGCUCACUUCUUGCCAUGGAUAAAAAUUGAGUCCUUCUGGCCAAUUAAAAAAAGACAGCUUUAUAAAAUGGCACUUUAAACAAGCCAUAGAUAGUUUUAUUUUUAUAAUGCACAUGGCAAAGCAAACACAUUUGUGAUGAAGGAACUGCUCGUCUAAGCAAACGAUUUCUGUAUGAUAUGAUUAAACUUUUCUGUAUUCGAAUUUACUUUUCCCCCACUUGAAUGUGUUUUUAAAGGCUAAUUGUCAACUCAGUAGAGCAGUGAGAAACAGAUCAAAUUGCACUUGUUCUCCUACGAGCAACCUCUACCUGGACACCUCUUAACUGCUGCAGACGCGUCAUCUCCUUUGAUAGGACCGGGGACCAUAGAGUUAAGGUGAGGGUUGUUGUAGAUGCUUCCGGUGUCACUGUGCCUGUCCAUUUUAAGAGCUUCCUUUUCCUGUGGAGAACAAGUCAGCCCAGACGCCAUGCUUUCGAUAACGGGAGGACCCGGCGGGCUCGCCACAUGCCGCACACAUACACACACGUAUACAGACACAAUAGUGUUGAUUAUUCUGAACAAUAACAGGGGAAGGCGGUUGAUUUGCCAUUGUUAAAAACUGAUUUACAGUAACUUACAACAACUGUACUUUGGUUGGAUUAGCAAAUCGUGUGUUUAAACAAAUCCCAUAUGUUGGGCAACAGUUCAAAUAAGCACAGCAAAGUGUUGCCCAAACAUGGUUCUCUGACUCUCUCAUAUUUGUAAGGCUGGGCUUCAAAAUCAAAACAGAAAACCCCCAACAACAGCGGGCAAAUGCUUUUUAACUCUGGACACCCUUGCCACAAAGGCUUGACAUUGAAGGUCUGCUGAGGAAGACAUGGGAAAUCGGUGGCCCGUUUCUAAAAGAACAAAACCAUCGGGUGUUCAAGUUAUCUUAGUCUUAUUUUCACAAGGCGGUGUCCCAGCAGGGAAGCACGCGGGCCUGGCUGUGAUCUCCCAAGUCCCCGUCUUGAGUGUGGGAUGUGCUUCCAGAUGCCACGGGGCAGCAGCGCCUUCCCCCUUUCUAAAGGACAUCGCGUGGCAUUCAGAGUCAGGCAGGCGGUUGGAGGUGCUUUUACGGGAAAGACGUGCCGGGUGGGGCUGGGAGAGGAAAAUUAUUGACAGUGAUGUGCAAUGAAGUGACAAGAUGAGAGCAGAAUAAUAAGAGCUUUGAAUUUGAAGUGAUUUUUUUUCAUAAGUUAUUUAUUCCUUUUUUUUUUCCAUGUAAAUAUAUUUAUUUUACUGUGGAGCUCUAACAACAUCUGGAUCGUAACAUGUGCAGAAUGUAUGGUAGGAAUGUAUUCUCUUGUAGGAAUGUCAAUCUGUAUUCAGAGGGGGUCUGAGCCAGACCCCUGGGUCUUCUCAUCGUGUAUGCUCAGCCCACAUUCAGUUUUCUCCUCUUCUCUCAUCUAGGUCUAUGUGAAAUAUGCAAAAGGUAUGGAUGAGGAAUGUUUCAAUACCUCCAAAUUUUUAAGAAAAUCAAGCAUCAAAGGGUUGAUAUUUUUAAAACUUUUUUUAGUAACACUUUCUCUUCCUGACAGAAGGAGCAAUCACACCAACACCCUCGUUCACACCAAAGGGUGGGAACUGGCCAGAGCCUCCACUGCACCUCGAGUGUCUUUAUCAAUUGAGCUUUUAUUGCCAUAUCCCCGUGGAAUAUCCCAACUGCCCUGAGGUCAAUCAAGGAAAAUUUCUUGAAUACAUAAGCUCCAAAGAGCCAAAGUAUCAUCUUACAGAUCGUUUUUAAAGCUUAAAUUUAUUAACCACCUUUGUGGUAAACAAUGAAUUAUGAAUACUGCAGGGCAGCCUUCUUAAAUGACAGAUGUAAAAAAAAAAGACUCUACUUUGUGCAGCGAUUGUUACCCGCUAUAUGAAUUGUCUUAGUUUCAAAACUUUGCUGUUACAAAUUGGACCUUUCUCCAUUUUCUGAGAAUAUUGAAAAGAGCAUAUUUAACUUGUUCUGGCUGCAAAUGGUUAACUUCCUGUGACUGCCGAAGGCAGCGAGGUGUGUGCGUCCUGCUUGUGUACAAUUGUUCUCAGUGCUUCUUAAGAGUGAGUCUAAAUGGUUCUUGAAAAUUAGCCAGGAUCAAAUGCUAUUGCAGACAAAGCCAAUAAAAAUUUUGGAUGUCUUUUGGGGAUACCAAGUUUGGAAGAGAAGUGCAGUCCAUACAAGCAAACAAGCUUUUGGAAAAGAUGUACAUAGUGACAUGUUUGGUGCAUGGUUUUUGAGGAAGGCUUUUGUCAAAAAGGAGGUGUAACCUUUCCCCCACAGACCUGAGAGCUGUGCCUUUUCUAUGCAAUAUUACAGACGUUACAUCGGAACCCAGAUAGCUGUAUUCACAUGUAGGUUUGGGCUGUAAUCUAAACAAUUGGACAGAUUAAAUGUACAUGGAAAUGAGCAGUCUUACUUUUGUAGUUUUAUAUUAUACAAUAAACAGUUAAAAGAUGA